AUGGAAAACAAAAGAGUGAAAGCUUUGCAGCAAGAGCAACACAGUAGUUGGAAUAAGAAGAACCUGUGGAAGCCAGAGGAGGAUUUGAUUCUCAAGAAGUACGUGGAGACUCAUGGUGAAGGAAACUGGGCAACUGUUUCCAAGCGAUCAGGUUUGAAUCGAAGCGGAAAGAGCUGUAGGCUAAGGUGGAAGAACUACUUGAGACCCAACAUCAAACGUGGAGAUAUGUCCGAGGAGGAGGAAGACCUCAUUAUCCGAAUGCAUAAGCUCCUUGGCAACCGCUGGUCACUGAUUGCUGGUCGGCUUCCCGGUCGAACAGACAAUGAAGUGAAGAACUACUGGAAUACCCAUUUGAACAAGAACAACACCGGCUGCUGCCCGGCACCGGAAUCUGGAGGUCUGAGCGGCCGCAAAAGAAAAACCAAUAAUCAUGAUAACUACUCGGACAAUACUCAUAAACAUCAAGACAACUGCCGGUGUAGUAACAAAACGAGGAAAACCAUCGGCGGUACUGAAUCAACUAAGACCGAAAGCAUGACUCGUGAGGAGGAACUGAAAGAUGGAAUUAACAGCAAAGAGGACGAUCCAAGUACCAGUACUAUCACGAGUACUAUGACGGCAACAAGUUACCCAUACUGGAUGGGUGACUACACUAGUAACACAGAUCAGAGCUUGAAUUUCGACUACGCAGAUAUAGACCAUCAAUAUUCGCCAAGCAGCAGCUGGAUUCAGUGCUGCCUGCCUACAAUUACAGGCAACAUCGCAACAUCAUCGUCAACAUUUGCAUUCGAUGAUGAGCCUUUCUUUGCCCACAUGGAUUCUUUUCUCUUGCUCGAAGCAGCAUUUGGAUGCACUACCGCUGCUGCUGCUGCUACUGAGGGAAUGCAAUCAUCAGCUACGAUGCCAUUUUCAUCUGCUGAUGAUCCUCAUUCCCCACACUACCAGCUAUUUCAUAAGUGA